AUUGGUCUCACAGUUGGAAAUGCAUGAAACAAGCGCGAAUGGACCAACCAGGAACCGCUGGAACCCAAGCAGGCAGGCGGUUCCACCAUUGCAAUGCAAACAAAUCCAAACACGGAAAUCGCAAGGGUUCGCCAACCAGCACCGGCCUUCACCCUGAAACCUCAAACAUGAAAAUACGCAUUGCGUUGCGAAUUUUCCACACUGUUUACCAAAACAAUCGCUACCGUUUAGUCGAUCUGCCGUGCAUAAAUAUGGGGGAUUAGAUGGAACCGGCGGCAAAUAACCGUGCGCUACCGGGUGACCAAAAAACAGGCCACAGUGCGACCAUGAAGCUGCUGGUGCUGGUGGUGAUUUUCUGCGCGUCGGCCAGAGCCAACUGCGGCUGUCUCAAGUGUUCGAAACACCUGGAAACCCUGCAAGUUCCGGGCCCAGACGGCCUGCCAGUGAAGAUCAUCUUUAGUCGCCCUGCAGGGAACAGCUGCAACCCGCCCUCUCACAGCCUCCCUGCUCCAGUCCCCCUGGGCCCCUCAACUGCUCCUUCAACCCUCCCUCUCAGCUACGAGGUGUUGCGGCCUGGCGGCCGCCCUAAAGGCGGUCUAAAGGAGGCUGAGCCCCGCGAGCUGCGCUUCCGAGUGGACAGAGUCCUGACCCGCGCAGCCCCAUCUAGGCAGGCCUGCACACGUUCCUGUUGUCAACUGGGCAACAAGGGGCGGAGCAAGCGCCAGCUGCGCAGCAAUUGGCUAGCCGACACGAUCUAUCGGAACAGAGCCCCGCCCACCUCUAGCCGAUUCUGGCGGCCCACAGCCCCUCGAUCCAGGUUGGGGCAAAGGGGCGCCACUGAGGCCAGCUUGCUGCAGAAACUGCAGCGUCUGAACCACAACCCGACCAGCAAAGACCUGGAAGGGCAAGCCACUGCCUUUCUGAAGCACCUGCUGCAGCCGCCUCGGGCGCAGCGGCGCCCCAAGCGCACCAUAGUGGUGGGCAGCGACGAACUGGACCUGCCUGCCCACUACAAGGUCGAUAUCAACUCCGAGGAGUCCGAGCAAGACGACGACUACCAAGAGGCGCCAGCCCCGAUGGUAGGGGGAUUUCCGCGCCCCUAUCCAGGGCGGCGCCUAUUUCCGCCCGCUGACUCGAUGCUGGGCAGGAGCGCCAUCCAUACUGUGGUGCGGCAAGAGUUGGAAGCCCACCAGAAGAAGCUGGACCGGGAGCAGCGGAUGAAGAGGGUGGGCCUGGGGGUGCCCCACAACCCGUUCUACCUACUCCUCACCGCCCCCAUGCAGUUUCUCGACCAUUUCAGGAGGGGCGGCACUCCUUUGACAGCUCUCCCCAAGGUGGUGCACACCGCCAAGCGGUGCUUCAAAGACUUGGGCCAAAACCUCCACAAACACUGCCUGAAUCUGGCCAGCAACGUCAUCGGGGACUUUGACCACGUCCAAGUGCUGGACCACCUAAGCGGCCGAUAUCGGCGGGAGGCCCCACCGGAACACCUGAGGGAGAAACGGUAUGUCCUCAAGGUGGUGAACGAAGACGACAUCCAGCAGGAGGUGGAGGAUUAUUUGGCCGCGAAAAUGGACCACCAGUUCAGCUUUCUGCGCCCCUUGCAGGACUGCUAUGACAAGGUGGGGGAGCUGCUGGCCAAUGAGGGCUCGCGGCCGCAGGUGAAGCUCACCAAGCUGCAGCCGAGGCUCAUUAUAGACAACCGCGGACUGCCCUUUAUGGAGUACGACGGCCUGAAGCGCCCUCUGAGGCUGAACUCCCGGAGGGGCGGGCCUUCGCGCUUUCGGCCCCGCCCAGGGGACGCCUCAGCUGAGGAAACGACCAGUCGGAUCGCCUCGUUGCUGGUGCGGGCCCGCCAGGACCCGGAGGUGGUAGGGAGUGGACGCAACGACCUGCUGCCUCCCACGCAGGUGGUGAAAGAGCGCAUCUCCGCCCUGCUGGAGGAAGUGGACCAGCUGGUCCAGCUGGACCCGGAGAACUACGAUCAACUGUUCGAGCUGCUGAUCAGGCUGCAGCAGGUGAAAACCUCCAUCGAGCAGGAGUGGAAGCGCCUCAUCAUGGACAACAAGCUGGAGGACAUGGCGGCCAAGCUGGAGAUUCUGAGCAAGCUCAAAGAGCUGCAGCAUCUCAAGAACGAGAGCGUGAGGAGCAUUGCGGCCACCCUCAAGAAGACUGACAACGAGUUCGUGCGCAAGCAGCUCAUCCAUAGCUUGGUGCGACUGCAGAAGCUCCAGUGCGUGGUCAGCAGCGUGGUGGAGGACUGCGAGCAGCACCUGAAGACCCGAACGCCCUUCAACGAGAAAAAGGAGGUGAAGUACGUGGACACUCUGGUUGAACUGAAGUUCGUCUACUCCAAGUCCAGAAGCGACCUGGUGGAGAAACUGGGACAGGAUCGCGACCAGGAAGUGCAGGUCCACAUGGAGACGCUCCGCGGGCUGAAGAAGCUGCUGGUGAAGGCCGAUCAGGAGCAGGAGAAGUUCGACCAAGCAGCCAAACUGCUGUGGGAGAUGGGCAACUUGGAAAAACUCCUCAAACAGACGGUGAAGGAGCUGAGCAAGAAGCUGGGGCGCAGCUACAGGAUCAGGAAGGAGCUGCGCAUCCUCUUCGAUCUGCAGAGGCGCUUCGAGGAGUGCGAGGGGGAGUUGGGCGGGCUGCUGGGCAGCGCCAGGGAGCACAAGAAGACCCCGCCUAAGAGGGACGUGAAGGACAUGGUGGCGCAAAUUCGCAGGCGCCAUGAGGAGGCGCUGCAGAGGGCCAAAGCCAAGCUGAAGCCCAGCUAGUUCUAGCAGGCGCUGACGGAAGCCAGCCUAUUGUCAAACACCCUUUAUUUAGUUGUCUGUGACUCUACUGGCAGAGGGCGCCACUGGUCACUGCUUGUGCCUCCAUCGCGUGGGGGCGGAGCUUAUGUCAUUGGAACUGUCAAACUUUGUCCAGUCAAGAAGGUUAUCAGGGGGGAAAAACAGAUGCGGCUAAUUGUAGCCCCCUUGGAAUACAACGUUGCCAGUAUUUAAUGCUAUGUCAGGUAUCGUGUCAAGUGUCAAAUCUUAAAAAGGUGAGGUUAGAACUGUUAAAAGUGGAAAGUGAAGCGUGUUGCUUUAUGUCUGACCACGUUUUGACUUGAAUGUGUCGAAGUAGUAUCAGUGAUCUGUCGUAAUAACGUACAAAUAAUAACUUUUAUAUCAUUGGUUAUGUCUAUUUCCAAUGUUUGCAGUAUUUGUCAAAAAAGCUUUUCAACACAGGGAAAUCUCAAUAAACAUUAUCGUACAAAUCAUGGUACCCCAGUGAUUAAACUAAAA